UUAUAAAUUUACUGCUGAAAAAAAAUUGCCAAGGCUUACAAUAUUCAACUGUUUAUUUAUCUUGCGAUAAAAAUAAAAAAACAAUAAAAACUAUCAAAUAAAAUUACAAGUAAACAGUAAACAUUAAAUAAAAAAUUAAAAUGUUUGUUUCCGAGGCUGCAAAAAAAAGAGAUCCACGAAUUGUACCGUUGCGGGAUAUGUUUGAAGCGUACUGCCAGUUGGACACAUUAGCCGAUGUAAUUGAAGUAGAUCUUCUGUCAUUUUCCCAACUCAACAGAUGGUUAGUGUCUGCAAAAGUAAUCGACGAGUCACGUGUCACUUCAACGGAUGCUUUUUUGUGUUUUUUCCAAUUUAAAAAACGGGCUAUUUCCUACGACGAGUUUCUUACUUAUCUAGAAGACUUAGCAGACACUAAAGAAUUGAGUUUAAGUCGGGUAAAAUAUAAAUUGCAGACUUGCGGUAAACCUCCGGAACCUACGCACAGUUCUUCAUCGUGAAAAAUUGUCAAGAAUAACAAUUACAAGCAACCUCGCAG